AUGUAUUAUAAUUUAUUAAUUUCUGAAACUUUUAUUGUUCCCGGAGUUCAAAAGAAUUUAAGACAGUGUAACUUUAAGCAUACGACUUCAAGUACAAAUACAGUCAACAUUGAACAUUUUUCUUUAUCUAAUGAAAAUUUUGAAAAACCUUCUUAUAAAAUUACUGCAAGUUCAAUAUUCGAUAUAUUAAAACUUAGCGAUUUACGAUUGUGGUCUGAACGUCGAGAAAUGUAUGAUGGAGAAUGGAGAGUUGAAGCUCUAGGAGACGUGGUAUUUAAAUAUAAACAUAAACCGAAACCUAAUAUCACUGUGAAAAUUAAUGAACCAGAACAAGUUAUGAUUUAUAAGAGUACUAAAAACAGCGAAAAAGUGACGGGAGUGCCAAGUCUUUUAAUUCAAACUGCUACUCCUAGAGAAUCUACUUCUGACUAA